GGAGGCAGACCCCUUCUCGGGGUGCAUAUAAUCACUUCAAAUUAAGGGAUUCUUCACUCACUCUUUUGAGUUAUCUGUUUGGACAGCAUGCUUUUAGGUUAAAACUUCAUAGUUGAUCUCAAACUAGGUUUAAGGAUUUAUGUUCAAGAUUUUCUGUUUCCUUUUCUUGAAACUGGUUUUUAUUUUCUAAACCAUUUGGUCCAGCUACCUAUAGCUAGUGAAGGUAAAGCUAACAAUUUGUUUGUCUAAUUUUCUGGAAGAAUAUUUCAAAACAUACAGAAAUUAAAGAUCUGUUUAAGAAGAAAAAAGUAUGGAGGAGAGAAAUGAGAGUGAGAAAAUGGAUGAAGUCAUGCUGCCAGGAUUCCGGUUUCAUCCGACUGAUGAAGAACUAGUAGGGUUUUAUCUAAGAAGAAAGAUUCAGCAGAGGCCUCUUUCGAUUGAACUCAUCAAGCAACUUGACAUCUACAAAUAUGAUCCAUGGGAUCUUCCAAAACUGGCAACAACUGGAGAAAAAGAAUGGUACUUUUACUGUCCAAGGGACCGAAAAUAUAGAAACAGUGCGCGUCCUAACCGUGUAACUGGAGCCGGAUUCUGGAAAGCCACAGGGACUGAUAGGCCUAUAUACUCCUCAGAGAACUCAAAAUGUAUUGGCUUGAAGAAGUCACUGGUUUUCUACAAAGGGAGAGCAGCAAAAGGUAUAAAAACAGACUGGAUGAUGCACGAGUUCCGGCUUCCCUCAGUCCCCGACUCCGUUUCCCCUAAACCAUAUCUCCACAAAAACAUUCCAGCUAAUGAGUCAUGGGCAAUAUGUAGGAUUUUCAAGAAGGCAAACUCGAGCACAAAAAGAGCAUUCUCUCAUUGUUGGGACCAGAAAGACAUCAGUUCAAGUUUUCGCAACACACUCGUACAUGAAGGAAUCAUUAAAGAUUUUACCUUUUCGAACUCGUUAUGUAACUCAUUAGGGGCACGAGAAACAAUAUCUACAAUACCUGAGACCACUACUACAUCUGACAUGAUAAAUCCUCGUGCUUUUACUCCUGAUCAGUUCAUUACUGACAAUAUGUCAUUGGCAAACAGAACGAAUACAGCCUUCCAUUUUGGUUUCUUAAACAACAAUAUAGAAAAAUCAUCAAUUGCUAGUUUUUCUGCCGUUGAAGUUCCUCCCUACAAACCAAUAAACCAAACUAACAAUAGACCCUGUGAAGUUUCCAUUUCCAAUGGAAACUUAACUCCAAGUUAUACGUUCUCAUCCGCAGAACCCACCUCAAAAUGCACCAUUGAUGCUUCUUCCAUGUUGCUGAACUCUAUAUAUGGAGAUUUUGGUAAGAACUUGGAGUGCAGUACAUUGCAAGAGCAAUGUGACAGCUUUUCCACCGCAAUAUUACACGACAUGCAAGGAAACAUGUGCCAUGGAGAAGACACGUCCGGCUUAAUACAACAAAUAAAACAUUGUUCUCAACAAAUUUGGGAUCAACCAGACACGGGCUUAAUGAAGGACCAUAAUGUGGCACAAUUAGAUGGAUUUCCUUUUAGUUUCCCUUUGAGUAUGCCUGCCGAUGCAUGGAAGUCAAAUUUGUUGUGGGAUUCCUCUCCUUGUCCCACUGAAUUUUCAACAAGUUAUUCUACUAAUUAACAAUUGCUAUACCUGACCAGAUAGACUAAUUAUCCCAAUUCUAAUCUGGGUUUUUGACUUAUGAAUUUGUUUGUUAUAUUUCAUUAUUUUUAAUGUUUUAUGUUUUUGUAGAAUUUUACGGAUAGUGUUGUAAACAUUAAAUUAU